CAGGCGAGAAAGGGAAGGGUAAGCUUUUACAUGAAAAUUGUUGGAACAAGUUUAUGCCAAAUCAACUAUGGGUUCUGACCAGAGCAGUCUGCCAGCAGGUGCCCCUGGAAGCACCAUCCGGUCUCAGCGAGAUGAAGAAAUACCCUAUACUCAGUUCUCUAUCAGCAAACCUAUCGAUGGUGAUUCUCCACGACAAUCUCCACGGGUACAGAAACACAAAGUCCAACAGAACAAGGACAAGGAGAGUACCCCCAAGCAUGACAUAGUGGUGGUUGCAGAAGGACAGGCCCCCAUCAAAGACCCUGAUCCGGAGCUGACAAAACUCAACACCAUCCCUGUGUUCUUCCCGAUCAUGAGGGGCUCGCUGAAUGUCCCGACCAGCUCGCGGGACAUGGAGAUGCUGGACAAGCUAGACUACAGACAGCUGUUGUUCUUGUGUCUCCGAUACCAGGAACACCUCAAGCAGCUGUCUGAGGCAGUGGCUUUUGAUCAAAAUGCUUUGUGCAUUAGGAUUAAAGAGAUUCACCAUACCAUCAAUGUACUACACACAGCAUUAGUUGACAGACAGAAGAAGUACAACAAGUAUGCUGAACAGUUUAACCGGGUACAUGAAACAUUAUCUGUGCUGAAGAAGAUCAGGAUGAGGAUGGACGAUAUUGGUCCCAAAAUGGACCGACUUAAUAAGCUCUUACCUCCUGGGGACCAGCUGGAACCUUUUAAUAUGAAGCUUCAAAAACAUCAGUGCUGAUUGGUUAAGAAAGAAAAAGACUUGUAAGAUGGACUGUGAUUGGACAAUAUGUGUCUCCAAGUCGAAAGUGUAUGUCUUUCAAUUUCCACAUUUAGACAUUGCAUGCUUAAGUUGGCGAUAUGAUUUUGAAGAUGCCAAAUGUUUUGCCUUAGGUACUUGUAAUGCCGUUUUGUUUGCAUAUUACUGUUACCAUGGCGAUGUAAAUGUGACAAGUUGGAGAUCGACAUUAGAUUGUAACCAUGGUAACAAAACAUCACUGUUCACUCAAAGGCUGCAAUAUAUAUCACCUAUUCAACAGAGAGAACCAAACUAUCACUGUGAAUUUAUUACAUGAUUAAAUCUGUUUUGUAUUUAUGGUUAAUAACACCAGACAUAUUAAUUUUCAUGUUUCAUGCAUGAGACUAUCCAAUCUUAUCUGUGAAACAAGAAUUAAUAUGUGCAGCUGCAUCAUGUGUCAGUACACAUCUCAUUGCAGCUGAAGUUAUUGCUCUUCAAAUGUCAUCAAUCUGGUCACAUCUGUCAUAUGUCUUUCUAGGAUGACGAGGCUACAUAUGCCUUUAAAGGUAAUCAUCAAGUGCUCAUUCAGACAUAGCUUAUUCCCAUUUCGAGGCUAACAUUGUGCUAUAUUUAUUGUCACUACUGUUUUCUGCCAACAUUUGACAAGUAUGUCCUUUCUGGCAGUAUUAAUACUGGUGUCCUGUGCACAGAGGGAACUCGAUUUCACAUGCUGAGGUCACAUUAAUCAUGUUAAUUUAGGUCUUCCAGCCUCUGGGUUUCGUUCAAUUGUCUCUUUUAAGCAUGAGAUUGUCUAGGAUAUCAUACUGUGUCAGAGCUACAGAUAAGCUGCGUAUCUGCGUGAAAUACGCAUCAGAAAUGCAGAAAUACGCAGUAAAAUAAAAUCCAAGCGUAUCAAAUAGGCAACAAACAUUACAGAUACGCUACAAAAAUAAAA